AUGUUCGCCCACCACAUCAUCACUGUCGGGCUGGUUGGCGCGUCGCUGCGGCUCAGGUUCUGGCGCGUCGGCUGCCUGGUGAUGGCCCUGCAUGACGCCACAGACGUCUUCCUGGAGGUGGCAAAAGCUUGCAACUACACAAAGCGCGAAAACGCCGCCACAGCUGCUUUCGCGGGCUUCGCGGUUUCCUGGGGUGUGCUGAGGCUGUUGGUGCUUCCGCUGACAGUGAUCCGCGGCGCACUGUUUGAGCUACCGCUCGUGCUGGACGGGCGGCCGCCCAUGUGGUGGGGCUUCUGCGGCGCGUUGCUGCUGCUGCUGUGCCUGCACGCCUACUGGUUUGCGAUGAUCGUGCGCAUCGCAUGGAUGCAGAUCGUCGAUGGCGGCGGCCGCGACGUGAGAGAGGACGAGGAUUGA